AAAGUAAGUUCAGCUCAAAGUUCACAGAAGCAAAAAUGAAGCAUACAAAGAAAAGAACAGAUCUAUAUCUUGUUGAACAUCUGUGGAUAGAGUUGAAACAUCAAGUCUGGUGAAGGCACCUCUCAAGUCCGAGACAGCUGGAGCAGUUUGCUCACAAGGAGUGGGCCAAAAUGCCUUUCAGCAGGUCCAGAAGUCUCACUGAGAGUUACAAAAGUGACUUGAUUGCAGUGAUUGUCGCAAAAAGGUUGUGCAACACAAUAUGGGCAUGUUACGAUAAGGGUACCAUCAUUUUUGCCGAGGCCAAUUUACACUAUUAGCAGUCCUGAUUAUGCAAAGUGUCUCACAAUUAAGAGUUUAUGUACAAUUGACUGAUCUGUAGGAACAGAAACACUAAAGAACUUGCCCUAUAAUCAGCUGGAUUUUCAGUAUUAAAUGAAUUAACAUUUGUCAAUAGAUUUAGCUCAACUUUUUAAAAAUUUAAAACAGAAAUCCUAAAUUUUGUGUUAUCGUAUACUUCUAUUUUGAGACUACAGUCAACAUGUACUGAUUUAAUGAUUUUACUAGGAAGGUGACCAGAUUGCGGAAAUGAAAUCCGGGGACAUUAAAAAAAAUAAAAAUAAUAAUAAUAAUAAAAAAAAGAUAAAACAAAAAAAUAAAUGAAUUAAUGUUAUCAAGAUGAAAUUUAAAAACAGGGACAAUUACGAUUUAAUUUAUGUUGACAUAUCACCGGCUAUCGUAAUAAAUGCUAUCGUAGACUACACGCAACAUUUUCCCCCGUUCAUAAAACGCUAAAAUCGGGGCCUUUUCGGGGAUAGAUUUAGCCGAGGGACAGACUAAGUCAGCCCAAAUGGGUACUGUCCCCAGAAAUCAGGGGGUUCUGGACAGACCAUCUUACAGUCUGUGGUGAAAUUAUAAUUUACUAAAGGUGUUGUCUUCCGGGUUCAUCCACCUGACAGGCAUGAGACGUGACGUCACCAAGGUGCUUGGGUGCUUAACUGGGACCAGGGAAGCGAAAAAUGGUUUAGAAAGAAGCUGAAUAUUUGGAGUUAAUGGAUCCUGUAGAUACCAUUUAGUCAGUGCUGACUCUGUGGAGAUUGCGUUCAACUUUAUCUGAUCUCCUGAAUCUUUAUUUUAUUCGUCUCAUUUCAAACGGGAUCGAGCUUUUAGAUUUUCUGAUCUUUUCACUGUGUUUUGCCACCGAACUCAGAUGGAGUCUGCAGAUAGUCAGCGUGGGCGGGACGGCGGGAGCCAGAGACGUUCUCCUCUAGAUGUCAUCAUGAGUCAGAUUCGCAGGAAGCGCUCUGCCUCAGACAGGAAGCCGUUGGGACGCUUUCUGUCCCGGACGCCAGACCGGACAGGGAUCCCAGAGGAUGGAGAGUUUGAGGGCAGAGAGGACAGAGGACAGGGCUCAGGUGUGGUGGCGGCAGCGGACAGCAAGCGCCAUGUCGGCUGGGGACAAGUGUGUGUUUUUCUGCAGAAGCUGGGGAAGAAGGCAGACAGCAGGAGCCUCAGUCUGGCUCACUGUGAUCUGACGGCCACAGACCUGCUGGAGAUCGCCACAUUACUCCAGUUCCUCCCUCACCUGGAGGAGAUGGACAUCUCCUGGAACGAGCUGAUUGGCGGAAGUCUGACGGAGCUGACCUGUCACCUCCAGCAUGUGAACGGGCUCAGGACACUGAGGCUGUGCGGCUGUAGGCUGAACACGGUGGACAUCACUGCUCUGGGUGAAGCUCUCAGCUGCGUCCCUCUUUUGGAAAUCCUUGAUUUGUCCUGGAACACCAGUGUUGGAGGGAGCACUUUGCAAGGCCUGCUGGGUAAACUUCACCCAUCACUAAGGGAGCUCCACCUGGUGGCCUGUCAGCUCACUGCAGCGGAUGCUACACUGCUGGGAGCAAUGAUGGCUGCUCUCCCCAGACUCUGUGUCUUGGAUGUUUCCUGUAAUCCUCAGCUCACACAGGAAGUGGACACCGGCGGCUUCAGAGAGCUGGCUCGCUCGUUCUCUCACACCUCAUCCCUCACCAAGCUACGAUUGCAGGCCUGCGGUCUGACAGCAGACAGCCUCGAUGCUCUUGGUGGUUCACUCCGCUACCUCCCAUCUGUGCGAGAGUUGGACUUAUCCUGUAAUAAAGGUCUGGCUGGUGGACUGAGCUGUCUCACCAUUCAUCUGGCUCAUGUGGCACACCUGGAGAGCCUGGAUCUUCACUUGUGCUCCCUCACGCAUGGCGACAUAGAGGCUUUAGUCCAGGUGCUCCCCUCUCUGACGGAGUUGACAGAGCUUGACAUCUCGUCCAAUAAGGAGGCAGGAGGUGUUGUCCACUUGCUGGUCUCUGCCCUCCCUCUGAUGCAGAUGAGGAGGCUGCCGGUCAAAAACUGCAGCCUGAACGAAGAGUCCGUCACUGCUCUGGCUCUGGCAGUGCCGUACCUACACAGUGUGGAUGUUUCCUGGUGUAAAGUGGUUGGUGGUCACCUGGAACUGCUGCUGGAUGCUUUGCGGCCGUCAGUCAUCCAGGAGCUCCGCCUCAGCAGCUGUGAGCUCACCACUGAUGACCUGCGUUGCCUAGCUACAGCAUGCAGACGUGGUUGUCUCUCCUCUCUCCGACUGUUGGAUUUGUCCUAUAAUGGCCUGGUAGGCGACGACGGGUGGUGCGACUUGUUCGCUGCAGGGGGCCUGGGAUCACUGGAGGAUAUGGACCUCAGCCUGCGACCUUUGACCUCUGGUCUGUGCUCCGCCUGGCUGCCCACGCUGCUGCGUGCUCUACCUCAGAUGCCAGUGCUGGCUCGGCUGGCGUUGCAGCGCUGGACCGUUAGCCCUUUGGAGAGACAGCAGCUGGACUAUUGCCUGAGGAAAAGGAGUGUUCUGCUGGAGUGGGAUCCAGACAAUAAAGAUGCAGCAUCUAAGGUCAACCAGGAGAGUCCAGAAGAGAGCCAGCCUGAGGAAUAGCGACCACAGUUCCUUAUAUCAUGUGUCACUAAUGAAGGAAAUCAUUAAAAUCAAAAGAAAGCAUUUAGUGCAGCUGUGAGAUAAAAACAAAGCAUUAUAGUCUUCAUGCAGUACAAGAUUCUAUGUCUGAAAAUGAUUAGAUUACUUUUUUAAAAAAAUUUUUGAAACUCACAAAAAUUUACUUUAAAACACAAAAAAAUUAGCACACACUGAAAAACACAUCACCACUUAAAGACACGCAAUGACCAGCAAGAAAAACAAAAAAACAAAAACUAAGACAAGAAACUAAGAAAAUAACCAAAAAAAAGGUUUGCAAAAAAAAAGAAAAAGAACUUUAAAAACAAGAGCGCAAAGUGGAAUAAAUGCAGGGUUGUUAUGUUAGAAUGUAUUCACUAUUGUACCUAAUGAUUUGGCAGGUGUUGGAGGUCAGAAGGAGCCCCUUAGGAGUCAAAAAUACUUACCAAUAGGUAGAAAGGCGCUAUAUAAAAACAACAUCAUGUUUAUCUCUGCCAUGUGUGUCAGCUCUGAUAAAAACUCAUAAAAGAUGGUCCUUUGUAUUUUGAAAAUUUGUAAAUAGAGAAAUAUGAUUUUUGGAAGCAUCUUUGAUUUAAAAAAAUCUACAUACAACAA